AUGACUAUCCUCAAGACCAUCUCUUCCCUCUCCUUCAACGCCACCUCGAUGACCAACGGAUCAGUGUCAGCUAGUGGAAUGACCUCGUUCGGCCAGUCAUCUAACCAUGUGUCUGGAAUUGUUGGAACUGUGGGAAGCAACCUCAACCCAGCUGUUGAGGGUGCCUUGGCCUCCACCAAGGCUGUAGCAGGCACAGUCAUUGCUACUCUUGAUGGUGUCGCCUCUUCCAUUGGUCUCUAA